UAACCCUGACCCAAGGAAGCGGCCAUGGCCUCCGGGAGUGGAGGGAACUGGGGUCAUUCCCCACCGCAGAGUGCUGCCCCGACGCCCUGGGUGACCGUCCUGCAGCCCCUCCAGUGGACCGUCCCACCUCCACCUCCGCAGCGGGGUCGUGUCAAAGAAGACCUGCUGGAGCUGAUGAUGUUCCAGAACGUGCAGAUGCACCAGCUGCUGAUGAGUCGCCUGCUGGCAGCUGCGCUCAAUCCCACACUGGCCUCCCGCCUCCCUCAGGUUUAUCUGGAGGCUCAGCAGGAGGAGUGUGAGGAGGAAGAGAAGCUGGAAGGCUGGGAGGAAGGGCCUUUGGAGUUCCACCACCACUACCUGCCCUGCCCGGAGUCCACUCUGGGCCCGCUGCUAUCCUGGCCAGUGCCUUUCCUUUCCCCUCCCCCACACCAGCCCCACUUGCAGGAUGCCUCCAGGAUUCAGCCCCGCCCUCCCACCAGGAAAAGGGGGGUUAUAGCUGUGCCACCACCCCCACCCCCCAGUGCCACAGGGACUGUGGGUGCAGAUGUACCCCCGGCUUCAGACUAUUAUGAUGCUGAGAGCCUACCAUGAAGACAGACGCUGGCCCAGGGACCCACACCAGCUUCACCGCAAGGCUGGCGACAGCCCUGGAGCCCUCAAGUACCCCUGUAGUGUCUGCAGCCACGCCUGGCAGCCCUUCUCC